AUGGAGACAAAAGGUGUAACCCUGGGUCGGCUGAGAGCACCGGUGGGGUUGUGUGUCAUGGUCGUCCUGUUCAUUAACUGGUCGACUGGGUUAGUCUGUUACACUGCGGUGGAAUCGCUGGACUUAGGCUGCCUCCUGCGGUGGGAUUGUCCCCAUGCCAGUCCUAACACCACCUACACCGUGCAGACAAAGACGCAGGGGGGCCCCUGGCAGGACGUGUCCUGGUGCGUCUGGGUCUCGUCCCGCAGCUGUGACGUCUCUCCGGCCUUCUCAGACUUCGAGCUUUACAACAUGAUUCGUCUCGGCGUCCACCUCAACCCCAGCUCCACCGUCUGGAUCAAGCCUCGCAAGUUUGACUACAGCGACUUCAGAUUCAGCCCUCCCUCCGUCUCAGUCUCUCUGAGAGACGACCAGCUGUUGGUGAUGGUGCAGUUCCCCUGUGCUGGCAGCAGGAGGUGCUCCGUGGGGAGGUGCUGUCCCAUCUCUGAACUGAUUGACCCCUGGACAACAGUGACUGUGUACAACAAGCUGAAUCACUCAGAGUACCAGAGCCGGACAGUUUGGACCCAGCAGGUGGUGUCCUUUCUGGAGUUCUCUGAUUUGUCUCCGGGUCAGAACUACUGUGCUGUGGCUAACUUCUCCUUCCCGACCUUCUCCAUGGCCGCUUCCCCGAAGUCUGCCCCUCAGUGUGUCGAGAUAGUCUCACAAUCAGGCCUGCUGCCUGUGCUGUGUCUGGGAAUCGCGCUGGCUUCCCUGCUCUUUGUUCCACCUCUCAUUGUGUUUCUGAAAAAACUAAGACCGGCUGCACCCACCUCUGAAAAUCAACCCAAGACUCCAGCGUCUGUUCAUGAUCCGGUCUCUUUGGUCCCUCUGUCCCUGGCCCCAGUCGACCCCUGUGACAUCCACUUGGAACUCGCCGAUGACCAUAUCUCCAUCGAGUCCUCCUCCAGUCUCCCCUCCAACCAGGACCAGACUUCAACCCUGGGGAACCCCUACACCUGCGACCCUCUCCUUCAUGCCUCCAGCUCUGGUGCAGUGUACUGGGACAGCGGAGGGACGGAACUGGAGCGAGGCCUGGACUCUGGCAUCAGCAUCCCGCAUGUGUCUCAUUCCUCCGAGGACACGUGUGACCAAUGGAGACUGAUCCUAAAAGACUGAGUCAU